AUGGCGGCGGUGGCGGGCGGGUCGCGGCGCUGGGACCCCGCGGCGCUGGGGCUGGACCCGGCCUGGCGCCUCACGGCUUACGGCGAACUGCGCGGCUGAGGCUGCAAAGUCCCGCAGGAGACGCUGCUCAAGCUCCUGGCGGGACUGGAAGGGCAGCGCCCGGGAGGAGGAGGCGGAGGGGAAGGGCAGGAAGCGGAGAGCGGCGGGGCCCCGGCGCUGGGCAUUGGCCUGGACUCGUGUGGUUCCCCCCUGAGGCACGGGGGGCUCUCGCUGGUGCAGACCACGGACUUCUUCUACCCCAUCAUCGAUGACCCCUACAUGAUGGGCCGCAUCGCCUGUGCCAACGUGCUGAGUGACCUGUACGCCAUGGGGGCCUGGGGGGUGACAGAGUGUGACAAUGUCCUGGUGCUGCUGAGCGUCAGCCAGCGCAUGAGCGACGAGGAGAGGGACAAGGUGAUGCCGCUGAUCAUCCAGGGCUUCCGGGACGCGGCCGAGACGGGGGGGACGUCGGUGACCGGGGGACAGACGGUGCUGAACCCCUGGGUCAUCGUGGGGGGCGUGGCCACCGCCGUCUGCCAAUCCAGCGAGUUCAUCAUGCCGGACAGUGCCGUGCCUGGGGACGUGCUGGUGCUGACCAAGCCCUUGGGGACACACAUGGCUGUCACCGCCCACCAGUGGCUGGACAUGCCCGAGCGCUGGAACAAGAUCAAGCUGGUGGUGACGCGUGAGGAGGUGGAGCUGGCGUACCAGGAGGCUGUGGCCAGCAUGGCCACCCUGAACCGCACCGCUGCGGGUCUGAUGCGCGCCUUCGGGGCGCACGCAGCCACAGACGUGACAGGUUUCGGGGUGCUGGGGCACGCGCGGGCGCUGGCGGAGCAGCAGCGCCUGGACGUGGCCUUCGUCAUCCACAACUGCCCAUCAUCGCCCUGCAUGGCGGCCGUGAGCCGCGCUGCCGGGGGCCGGGGGGCGCUGCUGCAGGGGCACGGCCCCGGAGACAUCGGGAGGGCUCCUGGUGGUUCUCCCCCGUGCCCAGGCCGCCCGGUUCUGCGCUGU